CACCUCUCACUCGCACACCCCACGCACGCGCGCGCAGAGCUACACAGCUAGCGGACGACGAUGGCGCUCGUCUCCUCCUCCUCCUCCUCCCCCGCCGCCGUCGCGGCGCUCCCCAGCAACGGGCUCGCCGGCGCGCGGACCUCCUUCCUCGGCGGCGCCGCCGGCAGGGCGGCGGCGGCGCGGCCGUCGUUCGCCGUGCGCGCCGCGGCGCCCGAGAGGCCCAUCUGGUUCCCCGGGAGCACCCCUCCCCCGUGGCUCGACGGCAGCCUCCCGGGCGACUUCGGCUUUGAUCCCUGGGGCCUCGGAUCGGACCCGGAGAGCUUGCGGUGGAACGUGCAGGCGGAGCUGGUGCACUGCCGGUGGGCGAUGCUGGGCGCGGCGGGGAUCUUCAUCCCGGAGCUCCUGACCAAGAUCGGCAUCCUCAACACCCCGUCGUGGUACACGGCCGGCGAGCAGACCUACUUCGCCGACACCACCACGCUCUUCAUCGUCGAGCUCAUCCUCAUCGGAUGGGCCGAGGGCCGCCGGUGGGCCGACAUCAUCAAGCCCGGUUGCGUCAACACCGACCCCAUCUUCCCCAACAACAAGCUCACCGGCACCGACGUCGGGUACCCUGGUGGUCUGUGGUUUGACCCGCUCGGCUACGGCUCCGGCUCGCCGGAGAAGAUCAAGGAGCUGCGCACCAAGGAGAUCAAGAACGGCCGUCUCGCCAUGCUCGCCGUCAUGGGCGCGUGGUUCCAGGCAGAGUACACCGGCACCGGCCCCAUUGACAACCUCUUCGCCCACCUCGCUGACCCCGGCCACGCCACCAUCUUCCGGGCCUUCACCCCGAACUAAGGAGCACGUUGGAGUUAGCAACGACUAAUCCGAAGAGUGUGCUGCCAUGGGGAAGAAGAAUGCUGGCAAAAUUAAUUUGCUUUUUUUGGGGAGAAUGGACUGGAUGAUGGUAUGUAAUUGUGGAACAAUGCAUGCUUGUUGGAUGUGUACUUGUACUAUGGUGUAACCAAUGUAAAAAAUGGAUACGUUUAGAUCGAAGCUAUAUUCUCAUCGUUGAA